GAAUCCUGGGGUAGACUGGAGGAGCACCCUGUGGGCACGCAGAGGUCAGCGGGGAGGGAAGCCUCCGGAACACGGAUCCAGUUUUAUAGCAGAAAUUCGGUCCUCUGAGCUAAAAGGAGCAUUUGUGGACCCUUACAGUAGCAGGACCCAUCUGUGCAGGAAGGAUCGCUCUGAACAGAGGAGCUCCCCAGGACGUCCAGAAUUACAAUGGAGGAGGAAGCCGGGGAAGAACCUGGGUUCGACAGCACCCCGGCCCCCAGAGUCUUCCAGUUCUAUCACAUGGAUCUGUACGACUCUGAAGACAGACUGCAGAUCUUCCCAGCAGAAAACGCUAGAAUUAGGAGAGAAACAGUCCAAGCUGAAGUGACCGGCGAGCCAAGCGGGGAAGGGGAAGGUAAGGAUCAGAGAGACCUCCACGAGGACGUGGGCGAGCUUGCCCGUUUAUAUGGGCUCGAAGAUGAUCAUGAGAUAGGGGAUGAUGAGUUGUUCGUUGACGAGCACAGAAUGAGGGGUUCCGGGUAUCCCCCUUAUGGGAUGAAGAGGACUGACGCAGCUGGGGAGCAGAGCGACUGGAGACGGAGCACAGAGGCAGCUGAGGCCCAGGAGCUGGGCUAUGGAGGCUGGGGCCUGGCGGGCCAGUGCCAGGACUUGCGGGAAGCCUACAGGUACACACAGGGCAGAGCCAGCGAGGAGUAUGAGUGCUAUGUUAUCCCCGAGGAGGAGGACGAAGAGGAGGCUGCUGACGUCUUUUGUGUCACCUGCAAGAUUCCAGUAAGAGCUGACGGGAAGAACUUUGAUGACCACAGGGAGCAUGAAGUGACCCCUCUCAACAAAGCCCUGGAAAGCGCCAAGGAGGAGAUACACAAAAACAUGUACAAACUAGAAAAGCAGAUCAUCGAAAUGGAGAACUUUGCAAGUCACUUGGAGGAGGUUUUCAUCACAGUAGAGGAGAAUUUUGGAAGACAAGAACAAAACUUUGAGUCCACUACAAUGAAGAUCUUGGAAACACUUGCUCAAAAAUAUGAGGAAAAAAUACAGGCUCUAGGGGAGAAAAAGAAAGAGAAGCUGGAAUCCUUGUAUGGACAGCUGGUCAGCUGUGGGGAAAACCUCGAGACUGCAAAGAACUGAUGGAGACAAUAGAGGAGAAUGUGUCACCAGGAGAAGGUUGAUUUCUUAAAGGACGCAGUGACCAUGGCUGACAGACUUGGGGAAUUCCUGAAAACAGAAACAGACGGGGAAAUCUCUGCACAGCCUGACUUUGAAGACCAGACCUUGGACUUCUCUGAUGUGGACCAGCUGAUGGGCGCCAUUAACACCAUUCCAGGUGCGUCUCUCAUCUCUGCGCCACGAGUUGGGGUUCCAGGGCUGUGCGAGAGAUGAGAAAACAGCAGGUCUGUUCUCCCAACGCAUUUUAAAGUGCAUAAUACCAAGUAGUUGGCUGGAGGCGAUGGGUAGAACUCACCUGUCUGCAUAACCUGAUCCACUGCGCAAAGCUUUCCCACCUCUCCCCCCGCCAAGCCCCACCAUUCUGUCUUCUGCUUCUAUGAAUUUUACCACUGCAGAUACUUCAUGUCAGUGGAACCCUGCAGCAUCUGUCCUUGUGUGACUGGCUGAUUUCACUUAGCGUGCUGUCCUCUGUG